AUGUCUGAAGAAAAAAGUGGUUUAUUGCACAAGUUGGCUAAACCAUUCAAGUCCCAAUCUCACGACUCGUCUGACUCCAAAACUUCCAAAUUGAGUGCUCACGAGGAAGAGAUUGUUCAUAAGGCAUACUUAGAAGGAAAGAAGAAAGCUGAAAAGGAAAGCCAUUCGAAAACUCUGAAUGUCUCCGGCACUACUGUAGGUGAUUACCAGGACAGAUCUGUUAUUCAACAAUCAUACGAUGAAGGACAUUCUAAAGGUAAAAACUCCUCCGGUAAAAACUCUGCAGUGGAUCAAGCAUACUAUGAAGGAAAAUCCCAAGGAUAUGCUGACAACACAACUUCAAGUGAUCCUAGUGUUGUGGCUUCUACCUCUGUUGGUAACGUUUUAAGUACUCCACCAAAAAUCAACCGUAAACCUGUUGAACGGGAGACGGGAGACUUUGCAAACCAAAAGAAUCCAACUGAUGUGGUUAACUCUUCUUCUACUGAUCCUGAGGCUUCAGUUCCUGGAGUGGCCUACAACACAAGCACCACAAAGUCUACUGCUCAAAACUCUACUAGCAUUGAGAAGAACUCCAACCCAAUAUACACUGAUGAGUCUGAAGUAAAGGAGGGUACUGGUUACUAUUUCAACCCUAAGGAUACUCAAGGUGGUAUUUACAACAAUAAAGAUGCUUCCGAUUAUUCUGAAGCCACUAGACAAUCGUUACCAGUUCACAGAAAUUUGAAGACUGAGCCUACUGGCAGUUCUGACCCUCAGAUUGGGUCGAAAUCUAAUCCAUCUACUCAAACAUAUUCUGAUAAGAAGUCAUCCGAUGAUAAGAGUUAUGGCAAGGAAGCUGCUGCUGCUGGGGUUGGAGCUGGUGCUGCCAUUGUGGGUGCUGAAAAGUAUUCACAAAAUAAGAAUUCUACUCCAAGUGACAACAAAAAUACGGACUAUGACAAUGAAAUUGCCAAAUUAGAUAGGCAAAUUGAUUCUACCCAAAAAGACAUUGAUGCUCUUUCAUCCGGAAAGUAUGCCAACGGCGCAGAUGAUGCCUCAAUUAAUGCUGUUUACAAUGAACCAUUAACUAGUAGGAACAAAACGCCAACCCAAGAUAAGUAUUCAUCUGGUGAUAACUCACACACUGGUGCUACGUACUUGGGCAGAGUCGGUGGUACUGAUCACAUAGUCCCACCUAAUACGAACUCAUCGUUAGAUCCUAAGUUGGCAUCGACUCAGCCAACACCAACCCCAGUUGGACAUGGUGUUUCAUCAAAAUCGGAUCACGCCACUUCAAGAUCUGAACAGCCAAGUGCCUCUGGUGGUGCAAAAGGUGCUGUUGCUGGAGUUGGUGCAGCUGCAGCCUCUGCUGUUGGAUAUAAUGCAUACAAGUCUCAUUCAGACUCAACGAAGUCUGAUUCGAACAAGGAUGUUUUAGAUCAAAGUUACAAAGCGGGCCAACAAAAUGCUAAGCACGAUACUUCUAGAAACAUAGCAUCUACAGAUGCUACAAAGCCGGGUAGCCAUGAUGUUUCCUCAAAAUCUGCUCACACUACUUCGAAUACUCAACAACCAGGUGCUUUCGAUGGUGCUAAAGGAGCUGUUGCAGGAGUUGGUGCUGCUGCAGCUUCAGCUGUUGGAUACGACGCCUACAAAUCUCAUUCGGACUCGACGAAGACUAAUUCAAACAAAGACGUCUUAGAUCAAAGUUACGAUGCAGGUCAACAUAGUGCCAAUAAAGAUACCUCCAGAUAUGCGGGAUCUACAGAUGGUGUAAUUGGCUCUGGCGCUGAAGUCUAUGGAAGUUCUAAUGUUGGAAAUACUUCUUCAAGCUCUGGAUCUCACCCUACUACUGGUAACAUAGAAAAGCCUCAUCUUGACAAUAUCGAUGACAGUUCGUCUCAGAGUGCAGGAUACUUGGCAGGUGUUACUGGGGUACUCGGAAGCGCUGCUGCUGCAAUCGGUUUAGGUGCUAGCUCUGAUUCUGCUAAUCACGACACAGCAAUUACUAAGGACAAUGCUGCAGCUGGUACGUCAAAGAGAGACACUCCUAUCGUACAAACUAACACUGAAUCUGGCACUACUUCAAGUGGUCUUGGUUCUGCACUUGGUUUAGGAUCAGCAUCAUCUAAAGUUGCUGAACCCACGUCUGAUACCACCGGAGAAGUAAACUCUUCAAAUAAGGGAACCGCAGUCGGAGGCAUUUCUGCAGCUCUUGGUGGUGCAGCUGCAGCUGUUGGAGUAACCUCUUCGACCAAAGGUAACUCAAAAGCCCAGUCUUCUAAUGAAGAUUCUUUGGUGGAAGCAGCGGCAAGAAAGUACCCUGACGUAGAUGAACAACCUGCUUUUACUUCAAAGAAAGGAACUGCAAAUAUCAAGGAAAACAUUGAAUCCAAACCUUCUGAUGUACCUUCCGAAUCAAAUGCUAAGAAUAGCCGUGAUUUGGAAUCCGAGGUUAUUGCACAUAACAAGAAGGUCGGUGUUAAAAAUGAUGACCGUUCAUUAUUACAAAUUGCUCAGGACCAUUCUGCUGAUGUUAGGAAUGAGCCGGCAUUCAAGGGUAAGGGUAGUGUUCUUGAUUCCGAUAAUACUGAAGAUGCGGCUGCUGUAGGAGGAGAUGUUCAAGAAGUUCCUCAGGAAGUCUUCCAAAAUCAAAAUGAAUUUAUUAGGACUGGUGGUAAGUAUGGUAAUCUACACGAUGAUCCAUCUAGUUCUGCUGCCAGCAAGAAUUCUUCAAACCGCUCUGCAGUUGAAGGGACUACCUCUGGAUACUCUCACCACGAAACUAAGCCUUUGCCUACCGAUAAGGAACUGUCACAUGAACUCGAGAAGGAGCAUAGCUCCUCUGGAAGUGAUAAGUCCAAAUCAGGAGGAAUUCUUGGAACAGGUUUGCUUGGGGCUGUUUUCGGCAGUAAAUCUAGCAGCAAGCACGAUACAUCGGAUGAAGCGAGGCGUAGUUCAGGAUUAGAUAAUUCCAAAAGCUCUUCAUCCUCCAAACUUUCUGAAAAGGAAUCGCAGGAGUACUAUUUGGAAGGAGUCAAGCGCGGGUCUUACGAAGCAGGACAAGUUCAAGCAACUGAAGAUUACACUAAGGGAAAUCUGUCUGUAUCUGGAACCAGUAAAUCUUCCACAGGCUCGAAAGUUGCUGGUGCUGCAGCUGCUGCAGGUGUUAUUGGAGGAGCAGGUGCUGCUGCUCAUAGGGAAAAUUCCAACUUAGCCAACACAUCUUCUGGUACUACUUCUACCUCCAAAAGUAAAGGUGCAAAUCAGAAAAGUAAUGACGAUAACUUAACAGUUGAGGUUAUCGGUGUUGAAGAUAGAGCUAAGGCAUCAGAAAUUGCACACCAAGCUUCUAAGGAAUUGGUUAGACAAGGUGUUGAUUUAUCUUCAGGUAAACUAGUUGUUGAUACUAAUAAUAAGGAGAUUUACAAGACCAGUGCCACGUCUGCUGGUGAGACUAAAUCUUCCAAAUCUGUUUCCAAUUCUGACAAAACUCAAGUUCCUCCAGUGGGCCUCGAUAAGGGAAUUGGAAAUAAGUAUCACUCUGAGCAUGAGGCUGCUAAGGCAAAGUUAGAAAAUGCUGCUCAACAUGGGGACUUAGGAAACGUUGGUGAACCUACAGGAUCUCACGGUACUUCUCAUGGUACUCAUGGUACAUCUCAUGGUGCUUCUGCCGCAGGUGGAGCUCUUGCAGGUAGUGCUGUCGCUGGCGGUGCCGCAGCAGGUAGAUCUGUAUCAGGAAAUUCCGCAUCACAAAAGGCAAGUCCUUCUGAAAUCCUUGUAACUGUAAAGGGUACAAAAGAUCCAUCAGAAGCUACAACUAUUGCCAAUCAAGCGGUAGAAACUCUUAGUGAUAGACCAGAAGUUUUAGCCAAUGCCAAGGAGCUCAAAAUCGAUACCGACUCCGGAAUAGUCACAAACGAAGCUGGUAAGAAGUUAUUGUCUACUAAGGAGAUUUCGACAUCUUCCUCUUCGGCAAACGAUGCGUCAUAUGGAUAUGAAAGACAAGGUUUAGAACAUACUGAGUCAUCUGAUUCAAUUCCACGCACUGUUCCCUCUGGAACUGAUAGUGCUUCCUCAGCUGUUGGAGGUCCAAUCGCUGCUGAUUCAACUAUUACUCCAGCAAAUGCAAAGUAUUCCACUUCAACCCAAUCCGAGCAAUCAGUUCAUAUGCCUGGUGCUUUUGUUCCAUAA